CGCCGCCGCGGGCGCAGCCGAGCCGCCGCAGCCGCCGCUAAACGAGGGAGAGCUGCGAGCGCGCACCCGGGCCUCGCCACCGCCGCCACCGCCGCCCGCCUGCUGCCGCCCGCCUCCGCCUGCCUUCCGCCGCCGGCCGGCGCGUCGUCCCCACAGACUGCUCAUUUAGAAAGUGGAUGUGUGGGAUAACAUGUCCAGUGUGUCCGAGGAGAGAAGAAAAAGGCAGCAGAACAUUAAGGAAGGACUGCAGUUCAUACAGUCGCCGCUGUCAUAUCCAGGAACACAGGAGCAAUAUGCGGUAUAUUUGCAUGCUCUCGUGAGAAAUCUUUUUAAUGAAGGAAAUGACGUUUAUCGGGAACGUGAUUGGAACAACUCGAUAAGCCAGUACACGGAAGCUUUGAAUAUAGCUGAUUAUGCAAAAUCUGAAGAAAUUUUAAUCCCCAAAGAAAUAAUUGAAAAACUAUAUAUAAAUCGUAUUGCCUGCUAUUCUAAUAUGGGUUUCCAUGAUAAAGUUUUGGAGGACUGCAAUAUAGUCCUCAGUUUUAAUGCCAGUAACUGCAAAGCUCUGUAUCGGAAAUCUAAGGCUUUAAGUGAUUUAGGAAGAUAUAAAAAGGCUUAUGAUGCUGUAGCAAAGUGCUCCUUAGCAGUGCCUCAGGAUGAGCAUGUAAUAAAACUAACUCAAGAACUAGCUCAGAAAUUGGGAUUUAAAAUAAGAAAAGCAUAUGUCAGAGCUGAGCUCUCAUUAAAAUCAGUUCCUGGGGAUGGGGCUACCAAGGCUUUGAACCAUUCUGUGGAAGAUAUUGAGCCAGAUUUAUUAACUCCAAGGCAAGAAGCAGUUCCUGUUGUCUCUUUACCCGCACCCAGUUUUUCUCAUGAAGUUGGAAGUGAGCUGGCCUCAGUUCCUGUUAUGCCCUUAACUUCUGUUCUGCCACUGCAAGUGGAAGAGAGCACUCUGCCAUCUGCAGUGCUGGCAAAUGGAGGAAAGAUGCCCUUCACUAUGCCGGAAGCUUUUCUAGAUGAUGGAGAUAUGGUCCUUGGAGAUGAACUAGAUGACCUCCUUGAUUCUGCACCUGAAACUAAUGAAACUGUUAUGCCGUCAGCUUUAGUCAGAGGACCCCUUCAGACUGCCAGUGUCUCUCCUAGCAUGCCCUUUUCGGCAUCUCUGUUAGGAACCUUACCCAUUGGUGCGAGGUAUGCUCCUCCACCCUCCUUCUCAGAAUUUUAUCCACCUUUGACUUCAUCCUUAGAAGAUUUUUGUUCUUCUUUAAAUUCAUUUUCAAUGAGUGAAUCCAAACGAGAUCUGUCCACCUCAACUUCUAGAGAGGGAACACCGCUUAACAACAGUAAUUCUUCCCUUUUACUUAUGAAUGGACCAGGUAGUUUGUUUGCCUCGGAGAAUUUCCUGGGAAUUUCAAGUCAGCCUAGAAAUGACUUCGGAAACUUUUUUGGAAGUGCAGUUACCAAACCAUCUUCAUCAGUGACUCCAAGACAUCCCCUUGAAGGAACCCAUGAAUUGAGACAAGCUUGCCAGAUCUGUUUUGUAAAAUCAGGCCCUAAGUUAAUGGAUUUCACUUACCAUGCUAAUAUAGAUCAUAAGUGUAAGAAAGAUAUUUUAAUCGGUAGGAUAAAGAAUGUUGAAGAUAAAUCAUGGAAAAAAAUACGUCCAAGACCAACAAAAACAAAUUAUGAAGGACCAUAUUAUAUAUGUAAAGAUGUUGCUGCUGAGGAGGAAUGUAGAUAUUCAGGCCACUGCACGUUUGCUUAUUGCCAAGAGGAGAUAGAUGUGUGGACACUGGAGCGGAAAGGGGCAUUCAGCCGCGAGGCUUUCUUUGGCGGCAAUGGAAAGAUUAACCUUACUGUGUUCAAACUUCUCCAGGAGCAUCUUGGAGAAUUUAUAUUCCUUUGUGAGAAAUGUUUUGAUCAUAAGCCUAGAAUGAUAAGUAAAAGAAAUAAAGAUAAUUCUACUGCUUGUUCUCACCCGGUUACAAAGCAUGAGUUUGAAGACAAUAAGUGCCUUGUCCACAUUUUGCGAGAGACAACAGUAAAAUACUCCAAAAUACGUUCUUUUCAUGGUCAGUGUCAGCUUGAUUUAUGUCGACAUGAGGUUCGAUAUGGCUGUUUAAGGGAAGAUGAGUGCUUUUAUGCCCAUAGUCUUGUGGAACUGAAAGUGUGGAUAAUGCAAAAUGAAACAGGUAUCUCACAUGAUGCUAUUGCUCAAGAAUCUAAACGAUAUUGGCAGAAUUUGGAAGCAAAUGUACCUGGAGCACAGGUACUUGGUAAUCAAAUGAUACCUGGAUUUCUUAAUAUGAAGAUAAAGUUUGUGUGCGCCCAGUGUCUGAGAAAUGGUCAAGUCAUUGAACCAGACAAAAACAGAAAAUAUUGUAGUGCAAAAGCAAGGCAUUCGUGGACCAAAGACCGGCGUGCGAUGAGAGUGAUGUCUAUUGAACGUAAGAAGUGGAUGAACAUCCGUCCUCUCCCCACAAAGAAACAAAUGCCUUUACAGUUUGAUCUGUGCAACCAUAUUGCUUCUGGGAAAAAAUGUCAAUAUGUUGGAAACUGUUCCUUUGCUCAUAGUCCUGAGGAAAGAGAAGUUUGGACUUAUAUGAAGGAGAAUGGGAGUAAGUUAAUCUUUGAGCUGUGUCCUUGAGCUAGCUUGCCUGAAAGUUCCUUUCCUCUCUAUAAAUAUGCCAGCUUCCUGUGAACGCAGAAAGCAGUUUGCAUUCUAAACGGUUGCCCCAUUUCUUCAGUAGCUCUGUUGGUGGCGAUGCCUGGAAAAUGUGGGCACAGCCUCAGUGGGGUAGGAUCUGGCCUCUGAUCUGUGUUUGGUUAGGUCAGAUUUGGAUAUAAAUAUAUAGGUCUGCAUCCUUACAUGUAAUAGAUGUAUUCCUAAAAAAUGGCCUGGGGAAGUUCAGUACUCCCUUGACUGUUUCAAUCAGAUCAUCUGCUCAUAUUGGAAAUCGUUUGCCCUCUGAAUUAACCAGGUUAGAAUUGGGGGUUUCUUCAGGGAGGCAUUAGUAAUCAAACAGGCUCAGAAUCAGAGGUCCAAGGGAAGAAUGUUUAUUUUGGUCAAAUUUCAGGUUUAUUGUGGGAGCCUUUGAGACGAGCCGCAGACAGCCUUUCACUUUUGACCAUAAAAUGUUUUACUACAAGGGUCAUUAUUCUUUAAUCUUAAGUAAACUGAUGAAGGGUAUACUGACUGUAGUCUCUGGAUUAUAAGAACCAAGCAGAUUUGACUUUGCCCUGCCAUGUUUCAACCACAUAGAUUGUCAGUGGUAUGUGGAGGGGAUUCCCUCUAGCUGUCUUGCUAGGAGUGAGGCCAUGCAGUCUGGCCUCACUGAAGAUGCCCUUGCAUACCAGGCUUUUGCAGUGACCCCUGCCACCACUGGUCUUAAGGAAGAAGAAUUUUUAGUUUAUCUCUAAUCUUUGCCUGAUGAUACAUUGUUAGAAACCAUUAGGCAGACAACAAAGCCAAGUUUUGACCAGAUCCUCAUCACCAGAAUUUUUAGCACAGUGGUUCUCAACUGGGAACAAAUUUUGCCACUCCCCUUCCUUGGGGACAUUUGGCAACGUCUGGAGACAUUUUCAUUGUCAAUGACUGGCAGAAGUUGCUUAGGCAUCUAGUGGGUAGAGGCCAGGGAUGCUGCUCACCAUCCUGUAACGCACAGGGCAUGCCCCCAGCAAAGAAUUCUCUAGCCAGAAUGUCAACCGCAUGGAAGUUGAGAAACCUCGGCUUUAGCACUUGGCAAUAAUGCAGAAUACACCUGUUCUUACCAUAGGAAGCAUCUGGCAGCCGCUGUCCAGGACUUGGUCAUGGUUGUCUUGUCAGUUACAGCCCAGCAUGUCCACCCUCUGGGACUGUGGCUUGACUGAUGGACUCCCAUCAGGGUCAGAAUCUUGGUCCAGUAGUAGUAUGUUUCUCAUCUUUCUCAGUAAGCAGUGAGGAGUGUAUCAGCUCCAAGUCCCCCAAGCCACGUAAGUAGCCUUGUGUGGUUCUAGCUCUGACACUAAGUGUGGAAUGCAGGGCGACAGGCAGUGGUGAGGCUUUUGUGACAAUGCCAUUUAUAAUGGUUUCUGAGUUUUAAACAUCCCCAAAGUGUCGUGCAAAUGCAAGGAGGGGUUAAUUAAUCUUGAGAACUAAUAUUUGCCAUCUAAGAGUCCUGAAAGUAGUUCUUAUGCAUGAGAGUUUACCUGCUGCUUGAACUGGGUGAUCUCUCCACGUCUAAUAUAAUAGUCUCCUUCAGCCCCCUCGAGUUUCUUUUGAAAUGUAUGCUGACUGAUACAAAACGUGCGC